AUGUCCUCUAAUUCACCUCCAACCUUUGAAGAUGAUCUCAGUCAUACUCAUUCAAGGUCACAGGAUAAUAACCAGCGAGACUCGCAAGACAUUUCACCACCACGUUCAAGUACGAGCACAGAGAAGGGAAAGGCCAAACAACUAGACGAAGAUAUCAUAGAAAACCCUAGCUCAGAGUCAUACCCUCCUAUGAAUGACGAUGCAGCCGAGACGCGACGCGUAGAAGAGAACCUACGUCAAUGGGAGUUGGCUGAACGCGAACGACGGAGAGCCGCACGAGAAUCUGCGAACCUCAAUAGAGGCGGGGGUGGUCCAUCUUUACUCGGAGAAGUAACACGCAGGGCAAGCGUGCUCCUGUCGAAGCGGCCGUCAACCAGAUCAUCUGCAAGAGGGUUGGGGAACCACCGAGCUCUUCAAUCUAGAGACUCUAUCGACGUAGUGCCACUCGACGAUAUCGAGAGCCCUCCCGCAACUGCGAAUCCGUUCUUACAUCCAUCUGAAACAGGACCGGGGUUCAUCUCCCCGACACUGUUCCCCCUCGUCGAUUCGAAGAAGCGGUCUAGUGUGAUGACCGAAACUUUUGACUUGGACUCGAAUACCCACUCAUUGCAGGCAGCCACGCUUCCUCCGACGCCAACGCUUGUUCCUCCCCCACAGCAGCUAGGCUUACCGCCGCCUUUAACACCACCACCUAAAGGGGCUAGACCGCGCAUGACUCCCAUGAAAUCCACACCUCCACCUAUGUUGCGUCAGGAACCCAUAGAACCUGAGCAGGAGGUGAGAUGGUGGCACGACUGGUUAUGUGGAUGCAACGAAGGACCCGACCGGGGAGGGGAUAACCAGGCUGGACGUACGAAUCCUUUUGAAUGA